UGUUGUAUUGUUAUUGUCCGUUGAAUAACGCCGGGAGCGCUAUCGUACCUGCUGAUGGUACAUCGGUUGCCCAACCUACGUGAAGUCUGGCUCUGGAUACCAUUAUCAACUCGUCAAAUAAACACUUGAUUUAAUAAUUUUUAAUAACCGGUGUAACCUGUACAGUUUUCACUUUUCUUUACCUGAUUCAAAACUGUUGUAUUGAACUAAAAAGACUAUUUACUAUACUAAUUUUUUUACAUCUACCUCUUUGAUAUACACGCUAAUACAAAUAUGGAGUUGAAUCAAAUGCAAGUUGCUUUAAAUACCGUCAAGACAUUACGAUUGGAGCUAACACAGCUCUUUAUUGAAAUUUGUGAAGGAGUAAAAGAUAACGGUUCACAAACACACGCAAAACAAAAUCAUUACUUGUAUUCUAUGAAUGAAAUGAUUGGAAAACUUGGAUUUCGUAUGAGGGAUCUUGAGGAAGUUGUUGGGUCUUUAUCUAAUCCUCCAGGUGCUAUGUCAUUGCAUAACACAUCAUUUUUAUCGCAAGAAAGCACACCUGAUCGACAAGCAUUGUACGCUCCUCUCUUGUCUUCUCAUAAAUGGCUUGAUAAUGUACAUAAAAUCAGUUCAAAUGCUGUUCAAAUUUUAAGACAAAAUUCAUUAAAAAAAUCUUAUUCCAAUUCCAGUUUGAGUAAGAAGAAACAACAACAGUCUAGCUUGCAUAAUAUAUCACCACAAGCUGUUGAUGUUUUAUUGACUAAUAUUGGUCGGAUGUUUCCUGAUAUAAGUAUUACAAUUACAAGGCGCUCUGCAUCAAAUGUUGUUCUAUUGGUUACCUUAGGUAAACUUUUACAUGCCAUUAUAUCAUUCAAAGGAGCUAUGAUGGAAUCGGUUAUUGUUAAAGGAUUUGAUGAGCCUAUUAACCUUAAUGAUUUACAACAAGAGUUUUGGCAAGAAUCAAGAUAUUAUGUGUAUCGUAAGAUAACUGAACAUGCCAUUACAGCUAUGUUACAUUUUUUUUCACCAACAUUGCCAGAUCUUUCAAUUCGAUCAUUCAUGACUUGGCUCAAUAGUUAUUUAGUAAUAUUCAAACAACCAUGUAAAUUUUGUGGAAAAAUAGAGCUUGAAGGAUACCCAGCAACUUGGAGAGAUCUAAGAACAUUAGAUACAUACCAUUAUCAAUGUGCAUUUUAAUGUUAAUGUUAAAAUGUUUUUUAAUUUUUAAUGUUUAUUUUUUUUUUUUAUAUUUACAACAAUCAUUCAAACCAAUUUAAAAUUUAUUUUAUGACUAAGAAUUAGUGUUAAUAACCUUAAUUAAGUUAUAAUUUCAAAAGUUAG